UCUUGCGCUCUUUCAGCAAAACAAAAAUGAAAAAGAUAAUUCUAUUCCUGCGCCCCGCGGACCAACUUGAAAAACAUAUUUCCUCUUUGCUCGUGCUAACCGUUGACUCUAUGCAACUAAGCGCCAUCUCUCACUAAAUCCGUCCCUGAAGACUGAAGCUGAUUUUCACAGUUUUUGCUGCCUACAAUUCUAUUUUAGUACCUUAGUUCUCAGAUCUACAAUUACAAAGCAUGGAAGCUUCCGAUGAUGCAAAUUCUGAAAGGAUGGAAGGCUCGGGUGAACCUUCUAAGGGAAAUAGAAAAAGAGGUCGACCUCCUCAACCUUCAGAAGGCGAUCGAAAUUCAAGGAAGAGAGUCACUGAUAAACAAUCUCGGCAAGAGAACAGGGAAGUAAUCGUGGGACUUACGAAGAUAGCACCGGUUCUCAAACAACUAGUGGAAGCGGUAUCCAACAACAAUCUAAGCGAGGAUGCCAUCGAGAGAUUUAAGGAAGUAGCACCGGCGCUUUCGCAACUAGAGGAAUCGCUUAGGCAAAGCAAUCCAGGGGAGUUGAUGAUUCAGAUCAGACAGAGUGCUCAAGAGACAAAGGACGCGGUGACAGAAUUAAGGGAAGUAGUGCCACUUCUUCAACUGUUGCAAAAUGAUGGGCAGAAUCUUACACAAAACUUAAAGGCCGUGAUCGAUGGAUCAGUGGCGUCGGCUAUGGCCCACGUAGUGCCCCAAAUAGUGUCGUUGGUUAACGGAUGCCAAACAAUGGUCGUGAUACCAAAUAAUCAGCAUAUUACGGAGGCAGCUGAAGCGACAGCAUUUGCUAAACAGGUAAUGGCGCCGGUUAUGCCCGAACACGAUACAACGGUCACGAUGCCAAAUGAUCAGAAUAUUAUACAGACAGAUCAAGGAAUGCCAUUGGUUGAACAGCAAAAUAACGAAAGUGACUUGCUUUUAACUGAUGAGUAUCAAAAUGAAAGUAUUGUAGGCAUGGUAGCCAACUUACGAUCAAGUUCAAGUCCAACAGCGCAUUUCAUGGAAAACUUGGCAACUAGUGAGCCUAUUACUGAAAUUUCUAACAAUUCUGAUCAGAAUGGUGAAAGUUUUGAUGAUGAGCAAGUGAAUGAUUUUUUUGAGCAAUGUGAUGGCAAUGGCAAUGUCAAGAGACAAGUACAGUAUUCAGACUUCAACGGAUUAGAAGAGGAAUUGGGCAAACUUGGGCACAAUCAUUUUCCUUCUUCUCUUGCUCCUAUAGCUAAGAAAAUCAAGGAGGCGCAUGGUAAUAUUACUGAAACUAGCAAUCAGAGCGACUGUGCAGCUUACCCUACUAUUAUUAUGUUCUACGCCUCAAUAAAAGAGAUGAAUGAGCUGAAAGAUCUCGAGGAUGUUUCUGAGUCUAAAUUGGGAAAGUGGAGAGAUGUAAUCCUUGAUGCCCAGCAAAUCAAACUCAAUGUGCAAUUUGCCAUGGUACACUUGAAGAAAAUUGCUCUUGCUUAUUUUGGUUCAAAAGCUUCUGAUUCAAAGCUUUCUGAUAAAGAGAAGAGAUUAAAGGCUGAAUUGGAUGCAGUGAGAAAGAAAGUUCAACUGCGUCAACAAUGUCUAGAUCAAGCAGCAUAUUUCAGUGACAAACCUCUUAACACUGAUCUCUUCUAAGUCUCAUAAUCAUUGUUGUGUUUAUUUAUGUAUUUAAAUUGAGUGUAGUCAAAGGAAAGGAGGGAAGAGACGAUUUCAACUACUAUUGGUAAUGACUUAUGUAUUCAAGUUUUUGGUUUUAAAUCUCAUGAACUUCCCCAAAAUAUUCACUUUCUCUUUUGUCAACAA